AUGAAGACGAUGCGCCGCCUCCUCGCCAAGCUCCAAGGAACCACCCCCGACCCCUCCCCGACCAUCCGCUUCCGUCGCGAUCUCGUCCCCCACAGCCCCCCCAGUAUCCCCACCGGCUACGACACAGCAUGGCAAACCCGCCGGCUGGAGAACUACUCGUCCAACCCCUUGCUCCGCCUCCCCAACGAGCUGCUGCUGGAGAUCAUGGAGUGCCUCCCGCCGCCGGACCUCUACCUCGUCCGGCAGGUGUCGCACCUCUUCGCGGCGCUCUUCCGCUACGCCGCGUUUUCAGAGUACCACCAGCAAACCGCGGUGAUCGACCCGAAGACGGCGGAGCCGAGCGUGCACCGGCUGCUUCGCGCCUAUCGGAGGCUCAGGGGCAAGACGGCGCCUGGUCCGCAUUUCAUCCCGGGGGCCGAGUUCAACUUGGAUGGGCUGCGGGUGGAGGAGCGGGAUGGCCUCCGCGUCGAGAUCGAAUCUGCAUCGGAUGGGAAGGGCUGGAUUGGCGUAGAGUCCAGCAGAAAGAGGUCUGUUGUGCGUUGCCGGGAGUGCGCCGAUGCGUUCGGGCGACACGGCGAGGCCCCUGAAGUCACCUAUGAACCCUCGCGGACGGGGGAUGCCGCAGGAAAGUUGAGGCUUGGAUGGAAGGCGCCUGUUCACACUUUGUCGAGCGGGGAGAUCCUCACCAAGGAGGUGAUGCGUAGAGCGCUCAAGCGAUUCGACCAGCGGCAUGAGGGAUUGCUGUGCCCGCACGUCUCAUUCGAUUUGGAGAAGCUGAUGAAGGUGUUUUACUGGCACCGGCGCCACCUCCAGGAUCUCGACGGACGAAAACGGGCAUGUCAACAGACGGAGGCCCUCGAGUUACUGGCUGAGGACGAUGGAUCCGUCAACGUACCAGCAAACGGAGGAGUGGCGCCAUGUGAAAUGGUGUCCGGAUAA